UUCAGGGCAGGCAGGAAAACAAGACCUAGUCUCCGUUGCCAUGGGUUGCUAUAACAACCGCUGCACGCUCAGCAUUGCCUCCUCCCAUCCAAACACUCUCCCCUAUGUUUGUAUCUUUUGUUCUUUUGCCGAUUCUCCACUUCGGUCGCUCCCCACCCUCACCUCCCGCUGGGAAAGAAGAUCCUGAGGUUGGAGAUGAAUUAGUUUAGGGCUGGAGGAGGGAAGGUGUACAUUUAAUGCAUCUCCUUGGCGCUUGCUGACGGAAAAGGCGCAGCCCGAAGUGAUUAAACACCUCUGGAGGCAGGACUCGUGGUGGUGGUGGUGAAGUCAUGUCUGAUAAUGGCUCUGAGGAAUAUGAGGAGGAGGAGAAAUUGCCUUAUCUCGGGGAAUAUGAAGGAGAACGCAAUGAGCAAGGUGAACGGCAUGGAACUGGGAAAGCAACAUUGCCCAAUGGGGAUACAUAUGAAGGGCAAUAUGAACAUGGUAAAAGACAUGGUCAGGGGACCUACAAAUUUAAGAAUGGUGCUCGAUACAUUGGAGAAUACCAAGAAAAUAAAAAACACGGCCAAGGCACUUUUUUCUAUGCAGAUGGAUCACAAUAUGAAGGAGAAUGGGCAAUGAUGAAAGGCAUGGCUUUGGAGUUUAUCGCUAUCCAAAUAAUGACACAUAUACGGGAGAAUGGUUUGCUGGCCAAAGGUUUGAGAUGUAGUAAGGAUCAGAAAAAAUGUCUUGUCCUCCAUGUUGUUGGUGGAAUGUCCCAGAAGUCCUACAUAGGAUAUUACCCCAGGCAUGGGCAAGGAACUUACUUCUAUGCUGAGACUGGCUCUAAGUAUGUUGGUACUUGGGUAAAUGGACAACAAGAGGGAACAGGAGAACUCAUUCACCUGAAGCAUAGAUACCAGGGCAAGUUCAUAGGAAAAAACCCAGUGGGCCCCGGGAAAUAUAUUUUUGAUAUUGGAUGUGAGCAGCAUGGUACAUAUGAACUUAAGGAAAUGGAAGAAGAAGAAGGGGAGGAAGAAGAAAUUUUAAAACCUCCUGUUCCAAUAUGGAAAGCUCAAAAAAUUACUCCAUUAACCCUCUACACACCACCUGUUCCUGAAGUGCCACCACAAUCUGACAUACCACCAGCACAAGAAGAGUCCCAAAUAUCUGAAGUUGGCCAAAAAGUUAUUUCUCAAAACCUUCCUGAUAAUUCAGGAAUAGGUGAACUUGAUGCAGAAGAGAAUGCAAGAGAAGUUCUAGAAAGCCAUAUGUUUGAAGACAUAAAACAAGAAAAUGCUGAGGAGGAAGAAAAAGAAAGACAAUCACAAUCAUCAAAUUAAAAUGAACAAAUCAACAGAAAAGGAGAUUGUAUGCCAGGUUUCUAACAUUGUAAUGAUCUUACUUUACACAGUUUGCUAAAUUAGUUUAAAUAAGCUAAUAAACACUUUUAAGAAAU